UUCGUGAAAGCACUCUCGUCUGCUUUCCAAUUUGCAACAGAAACCUACGAAGGUAUAGUUUCGAUUCUGAUCAAAAGCUGCGCAGAUAGAGAAGAAGAAGGAUAAUGAGAGAGAUAAUAAGCAUACACAUUGGGCAGGCUGGGAUUCAGGUGGGGAAUUCAUGCUGGGAGCUCUAUUGCCUCGAGCAUGGCAUUCAGCCCGAUGGCAUGAUGCCAAGUGAUACUUCGGUGGGAGUUGCACACGAUGCUUUCAAUACCUUCUUUAGCGAGACUGGUUCGGGCAAGCAUGUGCCUAGGGCCAUAUUUGUUGACUUGGAACCAACGGUUAUCGAUGAAGUUAGGACUGGGACGUACCGACAACUCUUUCAUCCCGAGCAGCUAAUUUCUGGCAAGGAAGAUGCCGCAAAUAAUUUUGCAAGAGGGCACUAUACAGUUGGGAAGGAAAUUGUAGAUCUCUGCCUGGAUCGGGUAAGGAAAUUAGCUGAUAACUGUACUGGCUUACAGGGGUUUUUGGUGUUUAAUGCUGUUGGUGGUGGUACUGGUUCUGGUCUUGGGUCCCUGUUGUUAGAACGACUGUCUGUGGACUAUGGGAAGAAGUCAAAGCUUGGAUUCACCAUCUAUCCGUCUCCCCAGGUUUCAACCGCCGUUGUGGAGCCUUACAACAGUGUCCUCUCUACUCAUUCUCUUCUUGAACACACCGAUGUGGCUGUGCUCUUGGACAAUGAAGCUAUCUAUGACAUUUGCCGAAGAUCCCUUGAUAUUGAGAGGCCAACUUAUACCAAUUUGAACCGAUUGAUAUCUCAAAUCAUAUCAUCCUUGACAACUUCUUUAAGAUUUGAUGGAGCUAUCAAUGUGGACAUUACUGAGUUCCAGACAAACCUUGUACCAUAUCCUCGGAUCCAUUUCAUGCUUUCGUCAUAUUCUCCUGUCAUCUCAGCCGAAAAAGCAUAUCAUGAGCAGCUUUCAGUUCCUGAAAUCACAAAUGCAGUGUUUGAGCCCUCAAGCAUGAUGGCUAAGUGUGAUCCAAGGCAUGGGAAAUACAUGGCCUGCUGCUUAAUGUACCGUGGAGAUGUUGUCCCAAAGGAUGUUAAUGCUGCAGUUGCCACCAUCAAAUCCAAAAGAACUGUUCAGUUCGUUGACUGGUGCCCAACUGGCUUCAAAUGUGGCAUCAACUAUCAGCCUCCAACAGUCGUACCUGGGGGUGAUCUUGCCAAGGUGCAGCGAGCUGUUUGCAUGAUCAGCAACAACACAGCAGUGGCAGAGGUGUUCUCACGCAUUGACCACAAAUUUGAUCUCAUGUAUGCAAAGAGGGCAUUUGUGCACUGGUAUGUCGGCGAAGGCAUGGAGGAAGGGGAGUUCUCUGAAGCCCGAGAAGAUCUGGCUGCUCUUGAGAAAGAUUAUGAGGAAGUUGGUGCCGAAGGUGUAGAUGAUGAAGAGGAAGGUGAAGAUUACUAAGGCUGUUUUGCGAAAGUCAGCUUCUGCUUCUCGGGGUUUGCCUUUGGAUACUCCAACUACCUGUUCUUCUAUCACGUGUGUUAAUGUUAUCCUUAUGCAGUUACUGAUUUAAAAAAAUGUUGUCCCUAUGCCGUCAAAUUGUCAAAACUAUGUCUAUAUUCUGAAUUUGUGUUUCUCUUGUAAUAAUGAAGUGAUAUUACUUUAUAAUGA